AUGAGUACUGGCAGGCUGAGUCCGCCGUCAUCCACCAUUUCUAUUGAUUAUAAGUUCUCUUUUAGAAUUAUAAUUAUGGAAGAGCAAAGCCAUAUACUUGCGACAGUCCAAAAAUUAUUAUACUUUUUACUUUAACUGUGAAAAUUACUCCAAAAUAUAAGAUUUUUACAUAUUUUAUAUAAAAUAAUAUAGGAAGAACUGGGUCAAGAGGUGGAAUCACUCAAGUCCGUGUUGUCCUUCAUGGCGAUGAAAGUGGAAGAACCCUUGUUAGAAAUGUGAAAGGGCCUGUCAAAGAAGGAGAUAUGCUUGCACUUUUGGAGAGCGAAAGAGAAGCCAGAAGAUUAAAAUAA